UCUGAUACCGCCAGCAUGUCAGAUAUUAUCUGCCAGUGGCUCAACGACGAGCUGGGGCUGUCCAGGCGUGUGGAACCUAAGGGUUUUGCCAAAGAGUUUGCUACGGGAUAUCUUAUUGGAGAAGUGUUGCACAAAUAUCAGUUACAAGAUGACUUUGACCAAUUUUCACAGAGCAAAGCAGCCAGUGCCAAGCUAAACAACUUUACCAGAGUGGAGCCCACUUUGCAACUAUUAGGCAUCCCAUUUGACCAGAAUGUGGCCCAGAAUAUCAUCUCGGAGCAAUAUGGAGCUGCCACAAGACUUCUCUACCAGUUAUACAUUGCUUUGCAGAAGAAGAAGAAAGCUGGUCUAACAGGAGUUGCUCUGGAGACCUUGAGACCAGCCGCCCCAGCAAAGCUGCAGAGUAUUGGCACAGAAAUGUAUAGAGAGCGACUUAAAACAUUGGUCCCUCGGCAGACAGAUUUAAAUUUACAGCAACUGACCGAACAGUUUGAUCUAAAAGCAAAAGAGAUGGAUGAGAAGACGGCCCAAAUACAAAACGAUGAAUUGAAGAAAAUCCAGAAGAUACAAGAGGAACUAAGAAUGCAGGAUAUUGAAAAGCUUCGCCGAGCAAGAAGGAAACAAAAUGAAAUAAUGGCCAGAAUUCAGGCUGCAAUCGUGCAGAUUCCUAAACCUCCAGCAAACCGAACAUUAAGAGCCAUAGAAGCACAGAAGAUCCUCAGGAAGAAGAAAGAAGCAGAGGAGGUUUACCAAGAACUAGCAAGAUUUGAAAAAUCAGUGAAGAAAGAUGCAAUGAUUAACAGCAUCACACCAAAUGGAAGGAGUCCCACAUUGCAAAGAAUAAAGUCAAAUGGCAGCAUUGGCAGUGGUGUUGUCAAAAUAGAAUCUACUGAUGAUUAUGUAAGAAAAAUUCAGAAACGGCUUGAAGAGGAUACCAUGGCACGUGAGCAGCGGGAAAAAAGAAGGCGCAGAGUCCUAAUAGAGCAACUCGUCGCUCAUGGGUCACAGGAGGAAGCAUUUCGGGAGGAACAACUUAUUAACCGUUUGAUGAGACAAUCUCAGCAGGAGCGGAGAAUCGCUGUCCAGCUCAUGCACAAUCGCCAUGAAAAGGAAAUUAUAAGACAGAACAGAAUCUUUAGAGAGAAGCAGUAUCAGGAACGCUGUGAGAAGGAUUUCCAGGAGGCGCUUGAUAGAGAAGCGGCCUUGCUGCAUCAAGCCAAGCUGGAUGCCGAGGAACAAAGGCGGAAGGUUCAGGAACUACAUGACCAGAUAGCAGCAGAACGAGCGCAAGCACGAUACAAGAAGCACUAUGACAUUUGCCAGGAAAUAGUGAACCAGAUUGUGGAUCUGGUGACAAAGAAUGGGAAAUACAGAGAAUUAACGAACAGGUUGAUACCCAACAAAGUUAUGCGAGAGUGGAAAGAGAUUUUUAUUUCUGGACUCCCCCUGUAUGAAGAAGCUUCAGUAGAUCCUUUACCUACUGAACCAACUCCUGAACAACUUGUGGAACUGGAGAAAGAGAAUAUACUCAAUGACAAAGACUUUGAAGAGUACAAGACCAUGUCAGGAGAGUGGAUUUUAUCUGAUGACUCUGAGGUGAAGACACCUGCACCCAACAACAACAUCCUAGGCCAUGUGGUUCAUAGACUGUUGGAUAUUGUCAAUCCACCCCCAGCCAACACACCACCACCUGCAUUUCCUUCGUUUCCAAUCAAAGGCUGCGUUCUUGGAAAGAUCUUCUCUGGAAAGACCAACUGCCUCAAGCAUUUAGCAAACGCUCUCAGCAUUCAGGUGCUGUGUGUGGAUACCUUAGUGAAAGAAGCCUUACAAGCCUAUGAAAACGAUGAGAUGGAGCAAGAGGUCAUUACAUCUGCUGCUAUAGAUCAAGAGGAACCUCAGGAAAAUAAGCAAACGACUGAUAAUGUUCCUGCUGAAUCGAAUGGCCCAGAGGUACAAUCUGCUGAAAGUAUUCCUGCAAUUACAGAAAAUGAUGAACCUAUAAUUGAAACAUCUCAUCAUACAGUGCAAAGCUUGACUAAAGAAAAUUCUGUUCAGAAGGAAAAUAAGCUGUCAGCCAGGGCCCAGCUGGGCAGAUUGAUGGAGACGUAUCUGAAGAAGGGGAAAGCUGUGCCAGAUGAGUUACUUGUUGAUAUCCUUGUCACAGCCAUCAAUAAUAUUCCAGCAAACUCUGGAUGGGUCAUAGACAGCUUUCCAGCUACUUUGAGUCAGGCAAAACUGGUAGAGAAAGCUCUCACAGGAUGCGACCCAGACAAAAUGGAAACAAGAAACAAGAAGAAGACGUCAACUCUAGUGAAAGAUCCAAAUGCCCCACAGGAUCCUCCAGCACCUCCUCCAGCAUUAGACUUUGUUGCCUUAAUAGAGAUUUCAGAUAAUGUAGUAUUAGAGCGUGCUGCAGCAUUAUAUGGUCAAAGAGAUGACCCACGCAAUGCAGAAGGUUCUAAAGGGGAUGACCAUGAUCAGAAACUGGAUCAGAUCCAGCACAGAAUUACAGGAUUCCUUGACAACUGGCAGAAACUGGAGGCAUGGUUUUCACUGCAGAAUAUCUUAGUCAAAGUAGAUGGAGAAGUGGAGGAGGACACUUUAUAUCAGACCAUGGAGAAUGUGUUUUUAACGGCUCUCUACAAUAAGCAGAAUAAAGAUAAAGAGGCUGAGAAGAAGGAAGAGAUUCCGCCAUUACCAGUCACACCACCAGCUCCCUCGCCACCUCCACCUCCCACUCCUCCUCCAGAGACUACCAAAGAACUACAUCCUUCGUCUUCUGAAAAACAGAAAUCUGCAAAAAAAGGAAAGGGAAGAUCUAAGUCACCCAAAGGUCCUGUGAUUUCUCUUAAAUAA